AUCAAGCCCUUUUUUAAGGGGAAAAAUAACCAAAAACAAGGAAAGUUGAGAACAAUGGCGGAAAGGAAUGUGGUGUAUGGCAGGUCAGUGAUGUUGGCAGCACUGGCUGGUAUGGCACUGGCUGCACCGCUGCUAGGAAUGAUGGGGUUCAGCUUCUUGGCAACACUGACACUGCUAUUUAUAACCUCACCUCUGCUGCUGAUUUUCAGUCCACUGCUACUAUUUGCCGGGUUGGUUCUCAUGGGUGCUUUGGUUGGUUUCGCCAUUGCCGCAACCAUGGCUUUUGCAGGUGUCUCAACUUUGGUAUGGAUGUAUAGAGAGAUAAGAGGUAGUUUAGGAUUUGGUUCCAGGAGGGGUCAAUUGGUGCCAGGGAGGUAUUUGCAGCAAACAAUACAGGAGAAAUGAAUCGCUUGAAACAUUAGUCAAUGUUCAAUAACUGAAACAAGGUCAUGGUCUAGUCUGAAAACCAUGUACGGUGUAUUGUGUUGAAGUUUCUGUCAGCUUGAAAAUGGAAAUAAGUUGGUGUAGUGUUGUAAAGUUUCUUUCACAUAAAUUUAGAAAUGGAGGUGUCUUUUUUUUU